AUGACGAUAAGUAAAGCGCGCCUCACGUUCGGGGUCAGAGCAAUUUGGAGCCAGUCAAUUUUGAUCAAACCUAAAGGAGAAUUUGACAUUUUUGAACAGACACCAGGCCACACCCCCAUCGGCCUGACCACGCCUGACCUGACCACGCCCAACCUGACCACGCCUGACCUGACCACGCCCUACCUGACCACGCCCUACCUGACCACGCCUGACCUGACCACGUCUGACCUGACCACGCCCACCUGA